GUAGGGCUUGGGGGCGGGGCUGGAGGGGGUAGUUCGUGGGGGGCCGUUGGCUCCAGACAAAUAAACAUGGAGUCCAUCUUUCACGAGAAACAAGAAGGCUCCCUUUGUGCUCAGCAUUGCCUGAAUAAUCUGUUGCAAGGAGAGUAUUUUAGCCCCGUAGAGUUAUCUUCAAUUGCACACCAGCUAGAUGAAGAAGAGAGAAUGAGAAUGGCAGAAGGAGGCAUCACUAGUGAAGACUAUCGCACAUUUUUACAGCAGCCUUCUGGAAAUAUGGAUGACAGUGGGUUUUUCUCUAUUCAGGUUAUAAGCAAUGCGUUGAAAGUUUGGGGUUUAGAGCUAAUUCUGUUCAACAGUCCAGAAUAUCAGAGGCUCAGGAUCGAUCCUAUAAAUGAAAGAUCAUUUAUAUGCAAUUAUAAAGAACACUGGUUUACAGUUAGAAAAUUAGGAAAACAGUGGUUUAACUUGAAUUCUCUUUUGACGGGUCCAGAAUUAAUAUCAGAUACGUACCUUGCCCUUUUCUUGGCUCAAUUACAACAGGAAGGGUAUUCUAUAUUUGUUGUUAAGGGCGAUCUGCCAGAUUGUGAAGCUGACCAACUACUGCAGAUGAUCAGGGUCCAACAGAUGCAUCGACCAAAACUUAUUGGAGAAGAAUUAGCACAACUAAAAGAGCAAAGAGUCCAUAGAACAGACUUGGAACGAGUUUUAGAAGCAAAUGAUGGGUCAGGAACAUUAGAUGAAGAUGAAGAGGACUUACAGAGAGCUCUGGCACUAAGUCGCCAAGAAGUUGACAUGGAAGAUGAAGAAGCAGAUCUCCGCAGAGCUAUUCAGCUAAGUAUGCAAGGUAGUUCCAGAAAUAUAUCUCAAGACAUUCCACAGACAUCAGGUACAACUCUUACUUCAGAAGAGCUGCGGAAGAGAAGAGAAGCCUACUUUGAAAAGCAGCAGCAGCAGCAGCAACAGCAGCAGCAGCAGAAGCGGGAGGUAGAUCCACCAGGGCAGAUUUCACAUCCACGUGAAAGGCCAACCACAAGUUCAGGAGCACCUGGGAGUGAUCUAGGUGAUGCUAUGAGUGAAGAAGAUAUGCUUCGGGCAGCUGUGACCAUGUCCUUAGAAACUGUUAGAAAUAAUUUGAAAACAGAAGGGAAAAAAUAAUACCUUUUAAAAAAUCAUUUCGCUUAUUCAUACUUUCCAACAUUAUCCUGCGUGAUUACAACAUAGGGUCCAUUGUGGUAAUGUGUCAAAUAGAUGAGAAAAUUAAGACUUUUAGGUGGGUUGCAAACAAACUGAUGACAAAGUGGAAAAAUGUGACAGUGGUGAGACUAAAUAAUGAUCCUUUAAAUGUCAAACAAUGAUCCUUUCAAUACUAGCCAAAGAGGCAUUCAGCAAUUAAAGAAAUUUAAAAUAGUUUUCUAAAAGUUCCUUUUAUGUUUUUAAGUGUGCAAUAUCUAGCAUGUCUAAAAUGAGGGCAUUGUUUUGAGCAUUUUUGCAGACCAACUAGCUCUUGCCACAAAACUUUUUUCAUAGUUUGGUUUUCUUUUUCUCUGUUCUGUGAUAGGUAGUUUGGCUCACUUUCAUCAUAGUUGCCUCUAUUUCUCAUUAACCAAAUUAACCUUUCAGGAAAGUAUGUCUUUUCUGUGUUGAUAGUAGUAAUGGUUCGAGAAGGAUAAACGGUUCUCCCUUCAACUAUGUAUUGUGCACUUGAGUGUUUUUCUCGUGUUAUUUCCUCUGAUCACAAUUUUUCUGGUACCUGGUUUCAUUAUUUUUGUACAGCUCUUUUGAAAGAUGGUAAUCUAUUCUGAGAUUUUACUUUUUAAACCCUCUAUGAUGGGAUCAUUGGUUUAGACUCCAGUGCAUUCCUAAACUCUGAAAUCAGUCUUGUGCAAGUAUUUGAGAAUAAAUGAACAUUU